UGUGAUGCACAGCCAGACGUUUCAAUUCUCCAAACACCUGGUGCAGUGCAGCAGACAUUUUGAGCUCUGUGUUUUCUCGUACUUGUGUUUGGUGAAACAAGCAGGCUGGAGGGAGGCCUGGGAACCAGUCUCCUGAAGAGGAUUUCUUCCAGGAAGUCCCAUCAGCGUAACCACAGUCCUAAUCCUCCUAAUCCUCAAGACGCAGAUCAAAUGGGGGGAGCUGGAGAUGACAGUGUGCCAGGGAGGUUGAGCCGUAGACUGUCCCGUCUGGGUAGUAGACAUCAGUCCAGGGAUUCUCCGAUACCUCCUACACAGCAGGAGAGACCUGCUGCUCUACCUGUUGGAGCUGCUCAACAAGAUAAUGUACCGUCUCCUCCAGCUCCACCUCCACCUCCACCUCCAGCUCCUGGUGCUGCUCAGGCUGAGGCAGCAGUUACAGUCAAUAAUUCUCUGGUUCCGCUACCCAUGGGAACACCACCUAAACGCCCAGACAAAGCCCUGAAACCCAAACUUCCACCUCGGCCAUUGUCUAAGGUGUUCAGCAGCACUGAACAUGGAGCAACUGUGUUACAGGGCUUUGAUAAUUUUCGGGCAGAUGAGAUUCUGUGUGAUGUCAUCUUGGUUCCUGGGGACUGCAACGAAACUUUUCCGGUGCAUCGAAUCAUCAUGGCUUCUGCCAGUGACUACUUCAAGGCAAUGUUCACAGGCGGCAUGAGAGAGCAGGAAAUGAGAGAAAUCAAGCUGCAUGGGGUCACUAAGUUGGGUCUAAAGAACAUCAUAGACUUCAUCUACACUUCCAGAGUCAAUCUCAACAUGUUCAACCUCCAGGACACUUUGGAGGCUGCAAACUUCUUGCAGGUCCUGCCUGUUCUGAACUUUUGCAAUCAGCUUCUAAGCAGUGAGAUCACUGUUGAUAACUGCGUGGAGGUGGAGCGCAUCGCCGCAGACUUACUCCUGGAGGAUGUGCAACUCAAUAUAGGGGAGUUUGUGAGUCAGAACCUGGCGGCACUAGUGGAGUCUGGCCGUUACCUGCAGCUGUCGGAGAAAAGCCUGGCCAGUGCUCUGAGUAGCAAUUCCAUAAACGGCUUCUCAGAAAUGGAGCUCUACCAGGUUGCCAGGGGAUGGCUGGAUCAUGACCCACCCAAACGUCGCUCCUCUGUCUACAAUCUGAUGCGCCACAUUCGUUUCCCGCUGAUGAGCCCCAGUGAGCUGAUCCAGAUCUCCCACGAUGACGAGGAGGGAGAUAACUCCCUGAUGCGCUCUGAGACAGCCAGUGUGAACCUCCUGCUGGAGGCCAGUAACUACCAGAUGAUGCCUUUCCUGCAGCCAGUCUUGCAGACUGAGCGCACACAAAUACGCUCCAAUGCAACACACAUUCUGGCACUGGGUGGCGUGAUGCGACAGCAGCUGGUGGUGAGCCGUGAGCUGAGACUGUAUGAUGAGAAGACCAGCCACUGGAGAGCCCUGAAGCCCAUGGAGGUGCCUCGCUAUCAGCACGGUGUGGCUCUACUGGGGGGAUUCCUCUUUAUUGUUGGAGGCCAGAGCACCUAUGACACCAAAGGAAAGACAGCCAUAGACAGCGCCUACCGUUAUGACCCACGCUUUGACAAAUGGCUUCAGAUCGCCUCACUCAAUGAGAAGAGGACCUUCUUCCAUCUGAGUGCUCUGAAAGGGAAACUUUAUGCAGUUGGUGGUAGGAAUGCCUCCGGAGAAAUUGACACAGUGGAAUGCUACAACCCGAGGAACAAUGAGUGGACAUUUGUAAGCAAUAUGGUGGAGCCUCACUAUGGACAUGCUGGAACCGUUCACGAGGGGCUCAUGUACAUCUCAGGUGGCAUUACCCGUGAUGCAUUUCAAAAGGAGCUUUGGUGUUACAAUCCUGUCACUGACACAUGGAGUCAGCGAGCUGACAUGACCGAGCUCCGUGGCCUGCACUGCAUGUGUACCAUAGGAGACAGGCUCUAUGUCAUGGGAGGGAAUCACUUCCAAGGCAUUAGCGACUAUGAUGACGUCAUGGGUUGUGAAUACUACAGUCCCAAAACAGACCAGUGGACUGUGGUGGCGCCCAUUCCACGUGGCCAGAGUGAUGUUGGUCUCACAGUGUUUCAUGGGCAGAUCUAUGUGGUUGGAGGAUAUUCCUGGAACAGCAGAUGCAUGGUUGACAUUGUACAGCGAUAUGAUCCAGAGCAAGAUGUAUGGGACCAAGUGUUCAAAAUCCUGGAACCCCUUGGGGGGAUUCGUGCCUGUACGAUGACUGUUCAUCUGCCAGAGGAUUCCGUAGAUGAACCACAGAUACAGGAGUGUCCAUUGCCAACAGCUAAGAGCUGACAGCAUGGGGAUAGGGUGAUUUCAAAUUAUGUGUGAGUCAGUCUAGAACUGGCAAAGUGAAAAUUAUUUUUUGCUAUCAGGAAUAGGAAUUAAGACAUCUAUCAACUGCAUUUGUUGUUACCAUUUUGGUGGCUAAAUAAUUUUACAAUGGAGCCAUGGCUGGCCAUCUUUAAAUUCCACUGUACAGUACCUCCCAGCUAUUAGUAGCCAAGGCAGUGUGCCUUAAGUAAAAUAUGAAACUCCUUAAUUCAAUUUGGUGUACUGCUGAUCUUUACCUGUAUGAGCUUCACAGGACAAUAACGGUGUAAAUGUAGAUAGUGGUAUCAUCAAAGGUUUCCCUAACAUUAGCAAACAUUGAUUUGUCAAGGUUUUUUCUCAAAAACAGGCUUUUACAUACAUAUAAUUUGUCGGGAUGUUGUUUUAAAACAUUGUACUGUAUGUCUGAAAGCUAUUUUAUUAAGUUUUAAAAGUGCAAUAAAGGAUAAUGACCCAAA